AUGUGCCGUCGACAAAAAACCUUAGUUUAUUGGAUUGGGUUUGCUUUAGUUUUUGGUACGAUUGGCUUAAGUUUAGCCGCCUCCAACGAUCCAUACACAAUCCUUGCAGUACACAAACGCGCAACGACGCAGGAGAUUCGCCGUGCAUAUAAGCAAUUGGCCAAGGAAUGGCACCCGGAUAAAUCGAACCACCCUGAUGCGGAAACGAAAUUUGUAGAAAUGAAACAAGCGUAUGAACUGUUGUCCGACACGAAUCGUAGGCUCGCCUACGAUCAGUACGGAAUCACGAACGAGGACGCUGUGCUGGAACGAAAUCGACCGGAUAAUAGCAAUUUUGGUCGAUUUCAGGAUGCUUUCGAGCAUUUCAACGGUGCCCAUAACUUCAACUUUCACGAUCAAGAUAUAGGCCUGUAUCAUCGGCUUUCCAUUACUAGCAAAUAUUAUGAAACGAACAUUGUGCCGAAAAGUCGCGUAACUCCGCAUAUACUGAUGUUUUAUGCGGAUUGGUGCUUCGCAUGUAUGAAGGCGGCAAAUUCGUUCAAGAAGCUAAUCGACACACUCGAACCGUACGGAGUGGUGUUUGCCACCGUUAAUGCCGGUCACGAGGAACAACUUGUGCGGAAGGUCGGGGUACACUCGCUGCCGUGUGUGAUUAUGGUGUUGGAUGGUCACAAUUACGUGUACAAAGAUAGUGUAUUUAACGCGCAGCAUGUGGUGGAUUUUAUACGCCAAAAGCUGCCCUAUAAACUGCUAACGCCGGUAACAGACAGUACGCUUGAUACAUUUUUGGGUGGAUGGGCAGAUAAUCGUGUUCGGGCUCUUAUUCUGGAACCAAGAGCUCAACCCCGAUUGCGAUAUCUAAUAAUCGCGUACUACUUUCGUGAACGUGUUGCAUUCGGUUUCGUGCAACUAAACAUCAACGACACCUCGAACAUUCAAGCAAAGUUUAAAGCUCAUGCCUCACUCGAUACUUUGCUGCUCUUCAAUGAAUUCCCAUCUCAACCGAUCGCUUCAGUUACCAUGACGGAUAUACCUACGGCGACCUUGAACAACAUCAUUUCACACAACAAAUUUCUUAUUUUUCCACGUCUAUCCUCGCAAGAUAUGCUGGAUAGCGUUUGUCCUGCUGAAUGGAAUCGACCGCGGAAGCGAUUGUGUGUGGUACUAGUCACUGAAAAUACCAGUUCGCAUGAUGGCGCACGCACCAUUAUGCGCAAGAUAGCACUCGAAUCGGGCUUUAGUCGUGAAAGAGUCCGAUACGCUUACAUAUAUCAAGAGAAGCAAAACGAUUUUAUCGGUGCACUUUCCAAGCACAAUCAACCCAAAGAAACGCUUUUGCAGAUUGUGAUUUUCUGGCGCCGAGAUACGAAACAAAUUCGCUACGAAUGGGUCCAAGAGGUUGUGCUGCCAGUCGAUAAGGCGCUGGAGAAUGAUACGGAGGAGCAAUACUUUAAUUAUACGAAGCAGAAAAUGGACACUGCAAUCCAUCGAUUGUUACGCUCGUCAGAAGCACUUAGCUAUGAAACCGAAGUGAAGGCGCUUCUAGACGAACAUGCCGAACAUGCAGUGAUGCGAAUGGUGAAACGUGUAUUGCUUGCAUUAGAAUAUAUGGUCGACAACUUAGGACAGGAGCACAUUCUACCAGCGAUAUCGGUUAUCGGAACAAUAGCCUUUAUACUUGGCAUUGGCUAUUUUAUGUCCUAUUUACUACAUUUGGAAGAGGAAGAUAUACAACAGAAAAAGAGCAAACACGUGGACGAUUCUGGCGGAAAACCUGUGGGAUAUGUCCCCGAGCUUCGUUUACAUGAAUUACGCGCUGAAAAAUACAACGGAUUGGUUAGACUACUUAAGCCCGGUUGCCGUACGAUAGUAUUGCUGACUGAUAUGCAAUCCAGAUCGAAAUUGAUUCCAUCAUUUCAUAAAGCAGUAUGGCCGUAUCGAAAGAACAAAACACUUAUGUUUGCCCACAUGCUAAUUGAAAAAGGUAUUGGAUGGUACGCAGAAUUGUUACGUUUGUCGCUGUCAGAAUCACGCGAGAUGGAAAUCAAUCCACGGAACUGUAUUGGUACGGUCAUAGCUUUAAAUGGGCACCGCAAAUACUUUUGCAUGUACCAUGCUAAGCAUCCAGAGUCGAAUCGUGGAGCAAAGCGCAUGAUGAAAAUAACGCGCCAUCUUAGUUCGAUGCCAUCAGAUCCCGAAGCUGGAGCAUUCCUCGGUAUGGAUAGUUCUGAUUCCGAAACAUCCACGUCAGACAUAUACGAACCAAAGAUUCUGCUUGAAGAAAAUCUACUGGACGGUUUGCCAAACUGGCUCGACCGUUUGUUUGAAGGGAGCACGCAUCGGUACUUCGUCAACUAUUGGCCAGAUUUUCCUUCAAAAUGA